AUGGGCGGUGCCGGUGCCCAGCCUGAAGGCCAAGGUGCCGAGGAGGCCUCCCCCGGAGAGGCCUGGCGCGCCAUGGCUGCCUUAGAGGAGCAGCUGGCGCGGGAGACCGACUUCUCGGAGGACAUCUCAGUGCGGCAGGCGUCGACCAUGCUGAGGCACAUGUUGACGACCGCAGCUCAUGACAGCAACCCAGCCCUCAUGCAGAUGGCUCAGACCAUGGUGCCGGACUUGAAGAAGAUUUGGGGCUUCGAGCCAACGAGGGAUCAUCUGAAGGGGCUGCUGGCCAUGAAGGCGGGAUCCUCAGCCAGCUCAUGA